AUGUGGCGGGCCUGCCAUGACCCAGACACGCACAAAUACGUGUGCGAUUUGGCCGAGGCCGUCACGUCGCAUCUUGGGGGCGCCAGCGCUGCGGACGAAGACUCUGACGAAGCACUGCAUUGGUCGUCGAUCAUGCUCAAGGCUUCACCAACGUGGUCGGAAGCGUAUGCGCUCGUGGUGGCCAAGUGCGGAGAGAACGGGUGCCUCGAGCACGACAAGCAGAUCCUAGCAGAUGUUGACCGAACGUUUGGCCGAUCCUCGCUUCGAAAGCAAGCGCGCAAGGUGCCUCUUCAUGUCAGUGUGACCGACGUCGACGAGAAGAAACUCGCGCUGGCCCGCGUCCUCCGCGCGUUCACCGCCACCCACACGACCAUGGGGUAUUGCCAAGGCAUGAAUUUCUUGACGGCGUUCAUGCUGUCCAACGUACAAUGGAACGAAGCGCAGGCGUUCUGGUUGGUGACGGCCAUCGCCGUGUCGCCGCAGUAUCAACUCAUGGAGCUGUAUCGCCCGGGCGUGCCGCUGCUCAACCUCCGCGCUUCUACCAGGUACUUCGGCGACGACGACGACGUCGUAUUACAUUCGAUGGUCCAACAACUCUUGCCCGAUUUGCACGCCCACUUUGAAGCCGAGGAUUUCCACGUAAGCAUGUGUGCGUCCGGAUGGUUCAUGACGCUGUUCACCAACUGCGACACGCUGCCAGCCGACGCCGUCGUGCGCGUCCUCGACUGCUUCCUCGUAUACGGAUGGAAAAUUAUCUUUCAAGUGGCGUUGGCCUUGCUCCAGUUUCUGCAACACGAUAUUCUACAAGUCGAGUUUGAAGCGAUCGUCGAUUUGUUUUACUCGCUCGACGACGCUGCGCUAAUAUUACAUCCCGAGUACUUGAUCCACGCCGCGCACGCCAUCCCCGUGACGGACGACAUGCUCGUGUGCCUCCAAGACGACUACGAGCGAGAGUUUCCGGGCACGUUGGGCCCCCUUCGAUGCCCCACGACUGAGGCCAAGUCGACCCCCAAGCAACCGAGCCGCGUCGUCAACGGCCGAGCCAGCCUUCUGCCGUCGCUUGUGACCGCACUUUCGUUCUCGUCCGGGAUCGUUGACGCCCCCAAUGCCGACGACGAGGCCCUGGAUAUUGAUUGCAACUUGUCGUGA